CGUUGCGUGGCAGAGAAGUGCUUGUUAAAAGCGUUGCUGUUGCUGCUGGGUUCUGAGGGACUCUCUUUUUUUCGAUUUACUCCGUAUCCAACACCUAAACUCAUCUCAGAUCCGUUGAUUUUUUGUCUAAUCGCCUUCUACCACCAUGUCUCCAGCUGUCGAGGGGUCGUUUUCUGCACUUCCACAGGUCUUCACUUUCGAUGGCGUCUUGUCUGAUUUCGACGGAACUAUUGUUGAUUCUACGGCAGCAAUUGUGAAACAUUGGCACAAAAUCGGCCAAGAGCUUGGUGUAGAUCCGAACACUAUCCUAGCUACCUCUCAUGGUCGGAGGAGUAUUGACGUGUUAAAAAUUUAUGAUCCGAAUAAGGCCAAUUGGGAAUAUGUCAGCUACGUUGAGGGCCGCAUUCCCAUAGAAUUUGGUUCAGACGCCAGGGAAAUUCCGGGUGCUGCAGAGUUGCUCGUAUCACUGGAAAAUUCUGGAGCUCGCUGGGGCGUUGUAACAUCCGGAACCCGCGCGCUAAUUGAAGGCUGGCUUCAUGUCCUCAAGCUUGCCCGCCCCCAUGCGCUGGUAGUCGCAGAAGAUGUGAAGCAAGGAAAGCCAGAUCCACAGUGCUACCUGCUAGGCCGGUCGAGGGUCGGACUCGGAGAUUCCACAUCUAUAGUGGUCCUCGAAGAUGCACCGGCUGGAAUUCGGGCCGGGAAAGCGGCCGGAUUCAAGGUGAUUGCUCUAGCCACGACGCAUUCUAUUGAGAAAAUUCGGGGUGCUGGGGCGGAUUGGGUGGUGGAGGACCUACGGAGCGUAUCAGUUAAGGGUGUCGUUGACGGAAAGGUGCAGAUUGAGAUUCGGGAUGCAUUUCAAUAGUCGGGCGGGUUUGUGUGGAUAUUGCAUAGAAAGGAUGCAUGCAAGUGUCCAGGAUAGACAUAGAUUAGACAUACAAACAUCAGGUAGAUAUGAGAGAACAAGACAUGAAGAAUAAUGCCUGAUAUGUACAACUACGCGCUUGCACGUGAGGCGACUAGAGAAAAG